UAUUCAGUUGUAAUCUACAUCGAUUCAUCCAAUUUCUCGUAAAACUAUCUGAUAAAGAGUCUUUAAAAUUAAUUUUGACACCAGAAAAUACUAUUUAUUGGUAUGAACAAGGUGCUAAAGAUACUUGGACAUCAAAAAUCACCAACAAAUUAGUGAAGCAAGCGGUUAAAGAAAAGAUUACAUUUAAGGAACCAGAG